AUGCCUCCGUACUGCUCCUGUGGUGUCAUCCAAGUGUCCGACCACAGGAUAGAGCAGUUUGUGUUGUCUCCUCUGCACAGCGUUCUGGUGAUCAGCUAUGAGAUGCUGCUGCGCAGCCAAGAGCAGGUACAAAAAGUGGAUUUUGGUCUUGUCAUUUGCGAUGAGGGUCACAGAUUAAAGAACAGCACAAUUAAAACAUCCUCUGCUCUCAGUAGCCUCAGCUGUAAUCGCAGGGUCAUACUGACAGGCACUCCAGUACAGAACGACCUGCAGGAGUUUUAUGCGCUUAUAGAGUUCGUAAACCCAGGGAUUCUCGGGUCAUUGACGGCUUACAGGAAAGUGUAUGAGGAGCCAAUUCUGCGCUCCAGGCAACCCUCCUGCACCGAGGAGGAGAGAGUUUUGGGUGAAGACCGAGCAGCUGAGCUGUCUCGCCUGACUGGCAUGUUCAUCCUGAGACGGACGCAGGAGAUCAUCAACCGGUACCUGCCCCCUCGUCUUGACUGGACACUUUUCUGUGACCCAUCCCCUCUGCAGCUAGAGCUUUACAGGCAUCUCCUGUGCCAUCGAGUCUUCAGAGCCUGCCUUCAGGGCUCCACGCAAACACACACACACCUGGCCUGCAUCACUGCACUGAAGAAGCUGUGUAACCACCCCGGCCUGCUCUACUCCACCGUCAAGGAGAGACUAAACCACGGAUCAGAGGAGAGUUCAAUAUAUGAUGGAUUGGUCGAUCUUUUCCCAGAAUCCUACUCGUCAGGAGGAUUGAACAUGACCGAUUCAGGAAAACUCCUUGUUCUGUCGGACCUGUUGACUGCCAUCAGACAGCUCAACCCUUCAGACAGGGUGGUCGUAGUGUCCAACUACACUCAAACUCUUGACUUGCUCCAAGACUUCUGUGUGCACAUGGGCUACACCUUCUGCCGACUAGACGGACACACGCCUACCAACAAGAGACAGCGACUGGUGGACAGUUUCAACAGCUCCUAUUCUCCGAACUUUGUGUUUCUCCUGAGCUCCAAGGCAGGAGGUGUGGGACUUAAUCUGAUCGGUGCUUCCCAUCUGGUGCUCUAUGAUAUUGACUGGAACCCUGCCAACGAUAUUCAGGCCAUGGCUCGAGUGUGGAGAGAUGGACAGAAGAAGACCGUGCACAUCUAUCGUCUCCUCACUGCAGGAACUAUUGAGGAGCGUAUUUUCCAGAGACAGGUCUCCAAACAGGGGCUUUCUGGGACUGUGGUGGACCUGGGUAAAGGCGCUGAACACACCAGCUUCUCCUCCAAUGAACUGCGAGAUCUUUUCAGCUUGACGGACACGCCGUCUCUAACUCAUGACCUGCUGAACUGUAGCUGCAGCAUGGACGGAUCGGUCCAGGCAGCCGUGGAGGAGGAGGUCCCGGUUUUUGACAGGCCGUGCCAGCUCGGACGUCAAGGUGACCGUGGAGGGGUAGCUGUGCCGAAGCAUCUCAGCAUGUCUGAGCUGAUGCAGUGGAGACACUUCUCUGGUGACACGCACACCUUUGCAGACCCCUACCUCGAUAAUGCACGAAACCACAUCACAUUCGCCUUCCAGACCACCAUCUCUCACACAGUGAAUACACAUGCGCUUCAGCUAUAGAUGAAUCUCUCACACACACAUAUAUAUUCUUCUACAUGUUUGUCUUCAGCCUCUCUGGGCUUUCUCUGCAGUCUGGUUUCAACAUGACGACACAUUCAACAGCUGCUGCACGUUUAAACAACAGUAAAACAGUUUCCAACACUUUUUAAGGACUUUACUUGUGACGUUCUUGACUCUUCAUAUUUAUUGAAAGAUGUUAACUGUAUUUCAUGAAAUAAAUUACAUUCAAAAGGAA